AUGAACCACCAGACUAUUCUCGAGCCAACAAAAGCUAAUUCAACCCCAACCCGAGUUGGUACGAAGAAGAAACUAACCAGGAAGAUGAAUCGUAGUAAGGAAGAAUCUGAGUUUGGAGGUGACUACGAAGAAGAGGCUAACCAAGAGCGUGAGGAUAGAGAACCGUAUGAAGACUCACGGAUUGAAGAUGGAGAUUCUCAAAAUAGAUAUGGAGAUGAGCAAUGGCGUGAGGAAGAAGAAAUCAUCUAUGACGGAUAUGAAAGAGAAUCACAAUUUAGCCUAGAAGAAGAUUAUUUUAGCGAUGAGACAUACCCCAGAGAACUCAAUCAUGAUGGAGAGACAUCCAACGAAGAUAAACCAUGGUGUGAAGAGACGAAUUCUCAAGAUAACCUAGAACGCACCAAGCAAUAUGGUGAAGAAACUUGGCACCAUGAGGCUGAAUCAGAGGCAAGCUUUGAAGGUGAAUCAUCUUAUGGAGAAGAAGUUCACAAACCAAGGUACAUCACCUUUUCAUGUCAUGGCCAUGGGCCUGAAGCGUGUUUGAGAUGGGUGAGAGACAUGGAAGAAUGGUUUUCAUCUAACCAAAUCUCCGAGGAAGAGAAGACUUGUAACGCUCGUGAACCAAAAAGGGGAUUUUUUGGGCAUGUGUGUCGAUCCACGGAGUAA